GCGAGGAGUGGGAUAUGUGCGUCCGCCACUUUAUCUAUUGUUUGUGUGUGUGCCGCAUCCUAGUAAGAAAAAGGGAAAAUGCGUUUUUCUUGUUCAAAUGGAUUUGCAUACGCUGCGCCAAUGGAUCGAUGGAUUGGUACAGUGCUGAUUGAUUCUAGUUCCUUAGAAUAGCAUAGUAUUUAGAAUCCGUUGUCGUGAAGAGCUUGCAYCAAGUUGCCGGUGGCACUUCCGUCGGUGGUCAUGCCUUGGACGAUGAUACCAGCGGCGGCCCACAUAGCCAGRCGUCCGUUGGCAAUUUCUUGUCCCUUGAGUCGUGCAACCGAUUCGGGGCUUCCGUUCAAGAAUCCAAGAGGGUCCAAUCCGAAGUCACCAGGCUCCCGUUCGCCGGACUUUCUUCCGCUGGUGGCGGCAAUUCCCGAGAAGGCUUCGGCAAACAUGAUGAAGAUCAAGGAAGCGACAAUGUAUUGGGGGUGGGCGUUCCAGAAUUGCCAGAAAGCAUCCAUUUGGUUAGRGGCGGUGGCCAUCUCGCACCCGGGGGCAGGUCCGAACAAUUCGACCUGAAGAGUACCGGCAACAGCCAACAUAGCAACACGGGCGUGCUUGAGUUCGGCUUCACGGAGCCAGUACAAGUCGAYUCCAACACCGUUGAUGGUGGAAAGACCGAGGGGAUCGAAACCAACAUCACCAGCCAUAGAUCCGUCAAGCUAAUUUAUCG